GCAAGUGCAGCGCAACACAUCCUCUCAGCCAGAAAGACUCAAAACCAGAAGUUUCCUUCUUGAUUCUUUUACUUUCGGAUUACAAAGAAAAAAAGUCGGAUUUCUGCAGUAAGGAUAAACCUCACCUGAGCGCAAUGACGAUUCACCGAUGUGUCAAACUGCCGCAGUGUAGCUCCAACUACUGGCUCAUCAUGAAGCUCCUCCUGUUGGGCGCGCUGCUCCUAGUGGCGGCGGAGGGCAGCGCGGAGAGAAGCCAGCGGCGAAGGGCCAGGCGGGAGCUGGCCGCCCCGCUGCACACGGGCGGCAUCCGCGACCCCCUGGGCUCGUACUGCCAGCGGCGAGGCGGCUGCUGCCCGGGCAGGGACGACCUUUGCACCGUGCCGUACUUGGACACCAUCUGCUACUGCGACCUCUUCUGCAACCGCACCGUGUCCGACUGCUGCCCCGACUUCUGGGGGCACUGCCUGGGCGUGGAGCCCCCCUUCCUUGGCUCCUGUGAAAGAAACGGGAUCAAGUUCCUCUCAGGACAAACGUACAAAGACAACUGCAACUUGUGCACAUGCGGCAUCACGGGGCGCUGGGAGUGUGAACAGAACACCUGUCUGAUGGACACGAACAUGAUCCAGGCUGUCAACAGAGGGAAUUAUGGGUGGAGGGCCGCUAAUUACACCCAGUUGUACGGCAUGACUCUGGACGAGGGCAUCCGGUACCGACUGGGCACGCAGAGACCCUCCAAAACCAUCAUGAACAUGAACGAGAUCCAGAUGAACAUGGACCCUGAAAGCGACGUCCUGCCCGUCAGUUUCAACUCAGUAGACAAGUGGCCCGGCAAGAUCCACGAACCUCUGGACCAGGGCAACUGUGCCGCCUCCUGGGCCUUCUCAACAGCGGCCGUGGCAUCAGACCGGAUCUCCAUCCAGUCCAUGGGUCACAUGACUCCUCAGCUGUCGCCGCAGAACCUCAUUUCCUGCGACAUCAGGAACCAGGGCGGGUGCGCCGGGGGCCGCGUUGACGGCGCCUGGUGGUAUCUACGCCGCCGAGGGGUGGUGACAGAAGACUGCUACCCUUACACGCCCCCGCAGUACACGGCGGCGGAGGCGGCCCGCUGCAUGAUGCAGAGCCGCUCGGUGGGCCGCGGCAAGAGGCAGGCCACGCAGCGCUGCCCCAACGCGCACCACUACCAGCACAACGACAUCUACCAGUCCACGCCGCCCUACAGGCUCUCGUCCAACGAAAAGGAGAUUAUGAAGGAGAUUAUGGAUAAUGGCCCCGUGCAAGCCAUCAUGGAGGUCCACGAGGACUUCUUCGUGUACAAGAGCGGCAUCUACAAGCACACGGACGUCAGCUUCACCAAGCCGCCGCAUUUCCGCAAGCACGGCACGCACUCGGUCAGGAUCACGGGGUGGGGCGAACAGCGGGACUAUGACGGCACUCCCAAGAAGUAUUGGAUCGCCGCCAACUCCUGGGGCAAGAACUGGGGCGAGGACGGCUACUUCCGCAUCGCCCGCGGCGACAACGAGUGCGAGAUCGAGACCUUCGUGGUCGGCGUGUGGGGCAGGGUCACCGUGGAGGACAUGCACCACCAUCCCCACCACCGGCACCGCCGCCGCCGCCACGUUUAGGGAGCAGGCGGAAAGCACACCAGGAGCCGGAGAACUUCAACCGACGCCCACCCUCGCAGCCACCCAACCACCCACGCCGGCAGGUGGCAAACCACAUCUAAGCUCUUUUUCGUUGCCUCGGCGGGCGUCUGAAGAAGCGCACGCCGGGCCCCUCAGGUACUCUUCCGAAGGCCGCAUUUCCCAGAAUUCCUCAGCUUCAGAUCAAGGGAGACACGUGUGGGAAGACUGAUGAAAGAAAAAAGCCUUUCAAGUUGUUCUUUUUUUUUUUUUAUAACCACGAAGAGACGUCGAUGGGAAAAGAGGAAAUCUGAGAGGCGCAAAUCCCCCCCAACCCAAAAAAAAAAAACAAAAAAAAACAAGCGACAGAGAGACGCCCAAACUUUCCUUGGAAUCCGAUCCCCCGUGUCAGAGUUUUGACUUUUUGGACAAUGCGUGUCCGAGUGCAAGCUGCAGGCGGGAGACGUUCCCAAUUUUGCCCUCAAACCUCCCCCAUCACAAUCCAUCGCGUGGCCUGAAAGAGAAAGCAUUGAUGCGAACCAUUGCUGUUAUUAUGAUGAGGAUGAUGAUGAUGAUGAUUAUAUAUUUGUGCAAAGUAGUCCUUACGCGCUAUGAUGGCAUGUUUGUGUUGCCGUGUUAUUCUAAAACUUUAUUUUGCAACUCCUGUACUGUAUAUAAUGAUUAUAUAUAGUGAUCAUUACAAACUCAACAUCCAAGUGGCUUAUUUUUAGACUUUUAUUGUGUUGGGUGCUUCUGCCAAAACAAAAUCAAAAUAUUUAACUUUCCUAGCAGACGCCAACGAGAAUAUCUUUGAAGAAACACCUUAUGAAACUUUAAUAAACCAAUUCAAUGAAGUGAGUUAGAUGCCUGCUUGCCAAAUAGCGAUCCCACAUUUCAUCUCUCACUCCAGAAGCAACAUUAAGUGACUAUUUGACUUGCCAAAUAGUGAGCAAACAAAUAGCUGUAAUUCCUUGCACAAAUAUUUCACUUGACAAAUAGUGAUCCCACUAUGGCUCAAAUUCCCAAAGCUACUAUUUGCCCUGUCAAAUAGUGAGCCCACUUAUAGCUCUAUGCUCCCUGAAGCAUCUAUUCCACCUGUCAAAUAGUGAUCCCACUCAUAUCCAAAUACAUGUUAAGUCAUUUUUAUUGCUACUGAAUUCAGCAAUAAAAAUUUUAGCAUCUUUACGUUGCGUAUUGCAGAGGGACGCGGGGGGUCUUCCCCUUCCCCUUCCCCCAAGCAGGGAUUUCCAGCUCUCACUUGAAAGUGAGCUACGCUGUUAUUACCACCUAGCCUUCAAUUACGCGCCACUUCAAACGCCGUAAUCCUGCCUCAUGAUCUUUCACGCCGUCGCUUCUUCCUCCAGACUUCAAAGAGCAACACACUUGAUUGGGCAGGCGAUGUGCAGCGUGGCGUGCCCGCCCGCCCGCCCGCCCGCCCGCCGCCGCCGUCCACCAUGUUGUUGUCCUGACUCUGUGAUAUCAAGCUAGAUAGCGUCUCACGGUCAACCAAAGAAUCACAACCUCCACUCCACAAUGUUGUGUGUGUGUGUGUGUGUGUGUGUGUGUGUGUGUGUGUGUGAACGCCACAGUAACUCGUGUGUGUCAACAUUUAUUUAUGAUAAGUAAAUUAUGCUACACUGUACGUUAUUACUCUCUUAUCUGUGCAAUGUUACAUUAUCUGCUAUACGGCGCGCGCUACAUGUAAUGCUAGUGUGCGUUCGUGCCGCACAAUAAAGUCUUUCCGCCACCGUC